GAGGGACUCCAGACUUUAGGGAUUGUGGUGGUGGUGUGUUCCUCUCUGAAACUUUUGCACUACCUCGGGCUAAUUGACUUGUCAGAUGAGGAUAAAAUUGAAGAUGAAUUAGAAAUGACUACAGUGUGCCACAGACCCGAAGGACUGGAACAGCUUGAAGCACAAACCAAUUUCACUAAAAGAGAACUUCAAGUGCUUUACAGAGGAUUUAAAAAUGAGUGUCCUAGUGGGGUUGUUAAUGAAGAGACAUUCAAACAGAUCUAUGCACAGUUUUUUCCUCAUGGAGAUGCAAGCACGUACGCACAUUAUCUCUUCAACGCCUUCGACACAGCACAGAAUGGGUUGGUGAAGUUUGAGGAUUUUGUGAUGGCAUUGUCCAUUCUCCUGCGGGGCACUGUUCAUGAAAAGCUAAGGUGGACGUUCAACCUGUACGACAUCAAUAAGGAUGGCUACAUCAACAAGGAGGAAAUGAUGGAUAUUGUCAAGGCCAUUUAUGAUAUGAUGGGAAAGUACACAUAUCCAGUGCUCAAGGAAGAUGCUCCAAGGCAGCACGUAGAAGUAUUCUUCCAGAAAAUGGAUAAAAACAAAGAUGGUGUUGUAACUUUAGAUGAGUUUAUUCAAUCGUGUCAGGAGGAUGACAACAUCAUGAGAUCCUUGCAGCUCUUUGAGAAUGUGAUGUAACCACACCUGGCGAGUGCUAGAGGAGUCAGAGACUCUGUAACAAAGACCUCCUUUCUGGUGAAAGCUUUUUACAAUUCAGCCAUGUUCAGUGUGUGAGGGUUUUGUACAACAUCUCCAACCAAAUGGCAACCGAAUGCAACCAGCCCCAGCUCUUCUCCCAGGAGACACCGGGGGACCUUUGUUUCGUUUUGGAAGCAUGUGAAUAUUUUAAUGAAACCUGAUGAGGGAGAACUG